UUCUCUCUGGUCCUGCCAGCCAUGAAACUUCUUUUCCUGUUUCUUGCCAUCCUUCUGGUCACAGAACCAGUGGUGUCAGGCAGCCGUCACGCCCUUCGAUGCAUGGGUAAUAGUGGAAUCUGUAGAAAAUCUUGCAAGAAGAGUGAAAAGCCCUACUUCUAUUGCAGAAGUAAUCAACCAUGCUGCCUCCAGGCCUACAUGAGGAUAAGCGUUUCUGGCAUAGAGGAAAAUUAUGACUGGGCCUCUGAGAAACGCUGGCCAAGAAUACCUUGA